GUUUCAGUUUCUGGCGCGAACUUCCGCCGUUCCGAAGUUGCACGAAGCAUUGGCGCUAUGUCUGGGGACAGCAGCGGCCGCCGGUCGGAGGGCCGGGGCCGCGGCCGAGGCCGAGGCCGAGACGCGCACCGAGACCGCACCCGCUCUCGCUCCCGCUCGCGGUCGCCGCUGUCGCCGAGGGCCAGCCGCGGCGCUGCGUCCGAGCGCAGGGAGGCCUCGGAGCGCCCGAGCCUGGACGAGGCGGAGCCAAACGACUCCGGGGACGAAGGCGUGGACCCGGCGACCCUGGAGGUGGAGACCGACCACGGCCUGUGCCGCCAGAUUCGCCACCAGUACAGGGCGCUCAUCAACUCCGUCCAACAAAACCGGGAGGAUAUACUGAAUGCUGGUGACAAAUUAACAGAGGUCCUUGAAGAGGCGAAUGUUCUGUUUAAUGAAGUGUCCCGAGCGAGAGAGGCUGUCUUGGAUGCCCAGUUUCUUGUUUUGGCCUCAGAUUUGGGAAGAGAGAAAGCAAAGCAGCUGCGCUCAGACCUGAGCUCAUUUGACAUGUUACGAUAUGUCGAGACGCUGCUGACACAUAUGGGUGUAAAUCCGCUAGAAGCUGAAGAACUCAUCCGUGAUGAAGAUAGUUCUGAUUUUGAAUUGAUAGUCUAUGACUCCUGGAAAAUAUCAGGCAAAACAGCAGAAAACACCUUUAAUAAAACCCAUACAUUCCACUUUCUGUUGGGUUCAAUACAAGGAGAGCUCCCUGCGCCAAAGCCCCGAGUUGAUCGUCCAAAAAAAGUUCGUGUGACGGAAGAGCAGAGGGCCAUGCCUGCCCAGUUAAAAAGAAUGGAAGAAUCGCAUCAGGAAGCGACUGAAAAGGAAGUGGAGAGGAUCCUGGGGUUGUUGCAGACGUAUUUUCAGGAAGAUCCUGAUACACCUAUAUCCUUCUUUGACUUUGUGAUCGAUCCAAAUUCUUUUCCCCGUACAGUGGAAAACAUCUUCCAUGUCUCCUUCAUUGUAAGGGAUGGCUUUGCAAGAAUAAAACUUGACCAGGAUCGACUGCCAAUAAUAGAGCCUGUUACCAUUAAUGAAGAAAAUGAAGGACUUGAUCAUAACACACAAAUUAGGAAGCAAGGAAUUAUCGCCCUGAGUUACCAGGACUGGGAGGAGAUUGUGAGGACCUUCGAGAUCUCAGAGCCUGUGAUUGCUUCAAGUCAGAGCCAGCAGAGGCCGAGUGCUUGACGCCUGCCCAGGGACUAAAAUGGAUAGUGAAAUGCAGACGACAAAGCAGCAUGUAUUGUAUAUAUUGUAUGACUGAAAGUUUUUACAGAUAGUUUUAGUAAAAUGUAGCUUUUGAUAGUUAAUGAAUAUGCCAUGGUCUUCUUUGAUUAAAGGACAUUCACUGCCAUGUUCACA